CACACUGUUCUAUUCCAUCCUCUUGUCUCCAGCCGCGAGAAGAAGAGGGGGAAGAGGUCUUCAGACGCCAACCUCACUGUCAUCAGCCUGACAAGAAAUUCUGGUUUUUCAAACCAUUCGACGAUGAAGCUGUCCGUGUGCCUCCUGUUCCUGGGCUGCCUGGUGCUUGCUGCGGCCGCCAUGCCUGCGGAUCGCGAGGAGGACCUGCAAGGCCUGCUGACCAAGUUAGGAGAGUUGGUGGACGUGCUAGAAGACCUGGACGAGCUAGAGAUGGAGAAGCGAGGCUCUGCAUUUGACACAUGCUUUAAGGACUGCAGGAAGAGAUUCUCUGAAAAAGCGUGCAACAUAAAAUGCAAGAAUAAAGGAAAGCGGGACGAAGUAGAGGAUCUGCUACCUGAACUUGAUCAGGACCUGGAGGCUAAGAUAGAAGAACUGCAGGAACUGGGGACGGAGAAGCGCGGCUAUGACCUGUUUCCUGAAGCUGAGGACUUGGAGGCUGAGGAAGAAGACCUGGACGAGCUAGAGAUGGAGAAGCGAGGCUCUGCAUUUGACGAUUGCUUUAAGGGAUGCAGGAAGAGAUUCUCUGAAAAAGCGUGCAACAUAAAAUGCAAGAAUAAAGGAAAGCGGGACGAAGUAGAGGAUCUGCUACUUGAACUUGAGGACCUGGAGGCUAAGAUAGAAGAACGUUAAGAAGCUGGAAGACAAGGCAGAAGUAGAAGUGGCUGAUCAAGUGACCGAGACAGAUGGCUAUGAAUAGUUUAAUUGGGGUUAAGGAAUUGGGCGAUUAAGUUCUUUAAAACACAAAGGAAUAAACCUGUCGACGUAUUAAUAAUCAUUUUCUACCAUCCUCAGACAAUUACAUUUUGAUAUCUUUUGUAAUUUGAUACUUAACAAGGUACAAUGGUGAUUAAGAUUUAAUGUACUAGUAACUAUCUGUUACAUCGCUCAGAUAUCACAGAUUCUUAAGAUUUGUGCCACUGAUUGAUUGUAUCUACUAAUAUUAGCAGGGCAUUUUGGUGAGGCUAGUAAUUAAGAUACUGAUUGAUAAACUUUGAUCCAUAAACAAUUUCCAAAAAUGUUCCAAAUAUCUAAAAAAAGAACAGGAAUGGAAUGGAAUGACUAACAAUGUUGACGGAUAAUAAAACUUGUAACUGGGUUCAA